GGUAUUUCGUACUCCCCGCGGGCUCCCCGCUCCGCAGCUGCCGGCGCGGCGCCGCGGUGCGGCAUGGCCGCAGGACGCCCUCCGCAGCGACCGCGCUGGAGCCGGCUGCCGCGGAGUACGUCGUGACCAUCGACAAGACUGGUGGCGGCAAGUUGGGGCUGCGGCUCGAGCACCAGGUCAACGCCUCGGAGCUCUUCGUCAUGAACGUCACGGAGGGGCUCCUCUGCGAGCGUUGGAACGCCGCAAACCCAGACCAGGCGGUUGCGCCCGGUGAUCUCCUUCUGGAGGUCAACGGCGUGCAGGGGAGCGCCACGUUGAUGAAGGAUCGGGGAGUGCAGGAAAGACGUGGUGCUCAGCAUGCGGCUGCGCCGCGGUGCCGGGCCGCUCGCGAGCGCGGGCAGGAGGGUGGCCCUCAUAGGCAAGCACGUGAUGGUGGCGCCGUCCUCCAUCCACGGCUUCGGGGUGUUCGCCAAGGACUUCGCCAAAGGCGAGGUGCUCCAUGAGUCGCCCGGACGGCUGGUCCGCGGCAACACCAGCGAGGGGGAGGAGCUCCACGAGCUGCAGGACGACGUGUUCGAGCUGGGCUGGGACGAUCCGAACGCGCACGACGGGUGUGCGUUCUCUGGCCCCCGGAUCCGUACUCGGCCUGGGCUUCGCGUCGCUGCACAACCACGCGGACCCGCCCAAUGCCGAGGUGAUGUGGGAGCGCUCCGAGAGGCACGGGGGCAUGGUCGUGGGCACGUUCUACGCGCUCAAGGCGGUCUCGCAGGGCGAGGAGCUGUUCAUCCACUACGGGGACAAGUGGUGGAGCACCCGGGCGAACCAGACGGCCGCGGCGGCUCCCGCGGCCCCGCGGUGAGCCGCCCCUGCCGCGCGCCCGCGGUCGGUCGCGGCGUCCGAGCGGCGGCGCGCCGUGCGGGUCCAUCACCGGGGGCAGCCAAGAGGGGGAUGAGGA